GGCCGCGUGCACGCUCGAGCAGCAGGGAUGGCCAAGUCCAAGAAUCACACCAAUCACAACCAGAACUACAAAGCGCACAGGAAUGGAAUUAAGCGCCCUAAAACUGGCACUAAGAUCUCUACCAAGGGGAUGGACCCCAAGUUCAUCCGCAACCAGAAGUUUGCCAAGAAGAACAACAAAGCCACACAGAAGCACACAAGUCAGCGUGUAAAGGGGACUGUUGACCAUUUCGGCGUGAAGCUUUAAAUUUUUUGUUGUGAAAUGAAUUUCCUGCAUCAG